AUAAUUAUGGGACGGACGGAGUAUAUAAUUUGAAUGAAAAAUCACCAACAAAGUAGGAGAGUUAAAGAGUAAUUAUUUUUGUACUAAAAAAAGAGUUUUACACAUUUUGUACACCAUAAUUUUUUCCUCUAUAAAUACCGUCUUCUUCCCCACUCUUCUUCACCCAAUUAUCUAUACUUCAUAUUUCUCAAUAUCUCUGUGAUUUAUCAUCAAUCAGUAGCUCUUUCUUCUUCUUCUUCAUCAGAAAACAAUGGCCCCAAUUGCUGUUGGUGACUCCCUUCCCGAUGGAACUUUGGCUUGGUUCGAUGAGAACGAUCAGCUCCAGAGCGUUUCCAUUCACUCUUUGGCAAAAGGCAAAAAGGUCAUCCUUUUCGCCGUUCCCGGAGCCUUCACCCCCACUUGCAGCAUGCAGCAUGUGCCCGGAUUCAUUGAGAGGGCUGAGGAAUUGAAAUCCAAGGGUGUUGGCGAGAUUUUGUGCAUUAGCGUCAAUGAUCCCUUUGUGAUGAAGGCAUGGGCAAAGACUUACCCAGAGAACAAGCAUGUCAAGUUUCUAGCUGAUGGCUCUGGAAAAUACAUUAAGGCCCUCGACCUUGAGCUUGAUCUCUCUGACAAGGGACUUGGCACCCGUUCUCGGAGGUUUGCUAUCUUGGCAGAUGACCUUAAGGUGAAGGUAGCUAACAUUGAAGCUGGAGGAGAAUUCACCGUGUCUGGUGCUGAUGAAAUCAUCAAGGCUCUUUAAAUUUUUUGUUUUCCAUAAUUUAUUUCAAGGAUUUGAAUGCCUUUUGUGGAUUGCCCUAGUAGUAUUCUAUGGAAGCAACCUUUUUUAGUUUGAAUGAAUUGUAGCAUUGUGCUCUGAUGAGAGUACAACUGCUUUGGAUCUCGUGGUUCCUAGUUAUUUCAUACAUAUAUUAUAAGAUAAACAUCUCUGGCUCUGUCUCGUGAUUCUCUCCUUCAGCAAGAUUAUUCCUUCUUGUUUUUGUUGUGGAAUAGUAUGUUUAUUCAUGUCACUUUCACGCGUAUGAGCAUUAAGCAAAUGCCGGCCUGCACCAAUUGAGGUCAGGAUGGUAUCCAUUAUUGUGAUCUUUUACUGAAUGCUUGUUUGAAUGAGGCCAUUAUGAAUUUUGAACUAGAUGGAAUUAUGAGAGCAGUAAUUCUUGUUCAAUAAGGUUUGAUGGUAGGCUUGUGGCCAUUGGUUUGUGUUGUUUCUGCUGUAGAUGGAUUGGUUUAAGAUGAUAGUUUAGACUUUAGAUUGUCGAAUCAAAACAUUGACAACAAGAAGCUCGAUCUUCUUUGAGACGGAAAUGAUUCUCUGGCUGGCUAUGGAAGAUGUCUCUCGUGUCCCAUUUUUUUUAGGCAACACGAGACUCGCGAGAUGCUGAACAAAGAAGAUGGCUUUUCCUGUUGGGGAAUUCGCUGUGUUGAUGCAUUUUGUUUCCUAGAAUCAUAGAAUUUACAGUCUAACCUUCGAGUAAUUGCCAAUUGUGUUUAUUUUGGGAUACUCGGAUCAUCAAUUCAUCAUCUUUGUG